CCUUCUUCUUGGUAUUUUAAUGGCUUUUCAUGUUACAAAGGAAGUGAAUCUGUUUCGUCCUGGAAAGUUGCAAAAGAAAAAUGUCGUGAAUCUGGUGGAUACAUGAUAAAAAUAGACGAUGCAUCCGAGAAGAAUUUUUUAAACGUGUUCCUCCGCAUCACAGGACUUACAACAUCAAACGAGUACGUAUGGAUUGGCCUCAGCGACAUCCAACACGAAGGGAAAUUUGUAUGGCAAGUAGAUAACAGUACCGUCAACUUCACCAGUUGGGCACCGAGGCAGCCCGACAACAGGGACGAUAUGGAAGAUUGCGUGGUCGUGGGUGCUGAAAAAUAUUUUGGAUUUUGGAAAGACCAGGUGUGCGAUCGGUGGUUUCUGUACAUCUGUGAACAGCCGGCUAACGGUAUUGCAUGUUUUCAGUGCUCAAGUGGGACUUCUUUUGCCGACUGUGAAACACAACAGGUUGUAGUCAACUGUUCAUUUCCACAAAAUUAUUGCUCAAAAGAGAAGAAUUCAACUCAAGAUAACGAUGAACAAGCUGCUGUUUUCUACAAAGGUUGUACAUCAGCAGAUCGGUGUACACAAGAAAUGAAGGACACUGUUGAAUGCUGUGAAAACAACCUUUGCAACAAAGAUAUCACCUGUUAUCAUUGCACAAGCAAUGCAUCAUUUGCUGACUGUGCCAGGAAACAAACAGAAGUGACCUGUACGUUACCGAGGAACCGCUGUGUUAAAGUCGGGUAUUCCAGCAGUGGUAACUACCAAACAUUUUAUAAAGGAUGCACCACAACUAAAGACUGCGAAGCCACGUCUGAUAAAUCAUUUGUGGAAUGCUGUGACGAUAACUUGUGUAAUAAAGAAUCGGAGUUGAGUUGUUUCAAAUGCAGCAGCACGGUUUCUCACGACGAAUGCCAAAAGAGACGCCAAGAACACGUUUGUAGGAGUUCAAAGGAUGAUCGCUGUUACUAUGCCUCGAUGCAGCAGACUUCACAGGAUGGAUCCAGCGUCACUAAGCACUUUGAGUAUGGAUGCACCAAUAACUUACACUGUAACAACACUGGAAAAUUUCUCGCUGGUUGCGACGAAUCAAGUAAUGCUUGUCAGGUGCGAUGUUGUGGCAAGAAUCUUUGCAACGAAGACUUGAAAUCAUUGCACUUGAUAAAUGGGAGAUUCUUCCUGAGGAAAUAGAAUACGAAGAGGAGCUGGGCCGAGGCGCCUUUGGUGUGGUCUAUAAGGCCACUCUUAAGAAACGACAAGGAAUUGAAAUUUUUUACCCUGUCGAAAAGGUGCACCAAAAUAACACAAUCCAGGUGGUAGCCGUCAAAGAACUCCAAGUUGAUUCAAGCGAGGAGCAAGUGUUAGACUUUCUUAAUGAAAUAUCCCAGAUGAAGUUGUUAGCUGCACACCCGAAUAUUGUGUCUCUUGUUGGAUGCUCCACACUGGGCAAGCACAAAUUCCUGGUGUUGGAGUAUGUUCCCUAUGGUGACUUGUUAGAGUGGUUACGAAAGAAAAGGCAAUCGAUCAAUCAGUAUCUGGCCACAGAAGAAAAAGGAGCAGAGAAUUCUUACGAGGAAAGAGAACCACAGAGCAAUCAAUGCCAACAGCAAGGGAAAAUAAAGCCAUCCCAAUUGGUUUCAACUGAGACUACAGAACAAGGCAAAGUAGAAGAGAAUGACUUUUCCACAAGACAACUGCUUUCUUUUGCCGCGCAAGUAGCAAGAGGAAUGAACCAUCUUGCCGACAGAGGUUUUGUUCAUCGUGACCUUGCAGCCCGUAAUGUUCUGGUUGGUGAUGAUGAUCGAGUGAAAGUGUCAGAUUUUGGGCUGAUGCGUCAACUAUAUGAGGACGUUUACACCAUCAAAAAGACAAAGAAACUCCCCAUCAAAUGGAUGGCUCCAGAAUCGAUCUAUUACAGUGUUUUUACCACCAAAAGUGAUGUAUGGUCCUAUGGGGUGCUUUUAUGGGAAAUGGCCACAAUGGGAGGAGUUCCCUACCCAACGCUAACUAAUUCACAAUUGUGUAAGCUACUAAGGACAGGUUAUCUUAUGGGAAGGCCUGACAUGUGCUCUGAUGAAGUAUAUGAUUUGAUGACUGAAUGCUGGAGGGAAGAUCCAACAACUCGCCCCAGUUUCUCUGGGUUGAUUGGCAGACUGGAGGAGAUAAUGACCAAGGACGUACCAUAUUGCGACUUGAACAAUUACGAUGAAACAAGUCCAUGGUACAGUGCUGCCCUUGAGACUUCCGAGGAAACGGAAUAAACACAUUAGAAAAUUCGUUAGAGCUUAAAGGAUCCAAGUCAACCGCACCUUUGUUUUUUGUUUACAUUUCUGAAGGUGGGAGUGUUUUAAAAUCGCUUGCAAAUGGCAGGAGUCAUGCAGGCCCGUAAACACUUCAAGUUUUAAGCUUUCAUGCAACAAAAUCUCUGAAAAUUGGCUAUUAGCUAGAUUUUUAAUGCUAUGACUAUCCUUCCCGUCAUUCCACAGGUUGAAGUUUUUCGUUUGAUCUACGGCUUUAGGCCUUCCGUGUGAAGGACUCGCGAGAGCCAUUGACGGUCCCAGUUACAAACAAAUAUUUCGCGAGAAAAAAUGCGAGAAACCUUUAAAAAAAUUUAACUACUCAGAAUAAACCACUGAUAAUGAAGUUUUUUGCACGAUUAAAACAAACUUCUGCUUCUUUUUUUCCGAUCUCAUCCAAAU